AUGGAUAUUAGUGAAAACACCCAUGUAAAGUAUUCACUAUCAUGGAGUGACCACCUGCAAGCCGUUUCUAAUGGAUUAUGUUCUCUACAGCAGAAUGUAAGCUAUAAAACCUUAACAUAUAUUUUAGAGUACAUAUAUGCAGGAAAAGUAGACAUACCAUCAGAAUUUAUGGAUGAAUUUUUGAUUGCUGCUAAGUCUCUUCAUAUAAAAGGAUUGAAGGAUGUUAAUAUGAAAGAUGAAAACAUUAUUAUUAUUCCCAACAAAGAUACAGAUGAGGACCAAGAAAGAAAGAGUAAGUGUUACACAGAAGCUGCAACAGAAAAAGAAAGAGCAUUAUUGGAUCUGGAACUUAUAAAAGAAAAUAUGAAAGAAUCUAAGGAAAGUUUACAAGUUGAGACCAUUGAGGAAGAUGGACAAAAUAAUUUUGAUAAUGGAGAUCCUGAUUUUGAUAUCUCUACGCACUAUACGUUGUCUAACCGCGGAUCCCUUCAGAUGAUGUUGAACAAAUUUAUGUAUUAUCUAAAACACACGAACAAGGAUAAUUCUCGACAGUGGCGUUGUGUUGAUUAUUUAAAGAAAAGUAAAUGUCCGGCACAUAUCUUUACUGAAGGGGACCUGGUUAUUCAGAGAAUAUCGGCCCAUAACCACAAAACACAUGAAAAUAAAAUUAAAAAAAGGUUUUGCAGUGGAAAAGUUUUUACGACUAUUCGUGAUGCAGAAGAAAAUACAUCAAAUAAAAGUACCAAAGAUUGUAGUAAAAAUUAUAUGGAUCAUGAAUAA